GACAUAAUAUCUACAAGUGUAGUAAACUCUCCCUACAACAUCUUCUUAUCAUUUUUCACUUUUGUUUCUUCAAAACAAACCAAGAAAGUCUUCAAACUUUAUCAAUAAGACAAAACCAUAAAAACCCCUUUUUUUUAAAAAUUGUUUUAUUUUUUAAGGUGGUCCAUUGUUUUGAGUACUAGAAAAAGAAAAGAGUAUUUAUCAAUAUAUUGAAGGGGGUAGAAUUUGUGUGUUUUCUUGAAACUUUGCCUUGUUUAGAAGGAAGGAAAAAAUAUGGAUUGGAAUGGAAAUAUUAGACCUUUUGUUUCAAGACCAGUUAUUGAUAAUUCUCUCAAUUUUCUCUACAACUACAAUUAUGACCAAUAUCAAGGUAUGGAAAUGAAGCAUGCAAUGCAAACACAACAUGGUGGAGUACAAGUCCCAACAAUGGACAACAACAACAACUUUGUACUCAAUCAACAUCAAUUGGACAAGAAGAAAAGGUUGUCAAGUGAUCAAUUAGAGUCACUAGAAAAUAGUUUCCAAGAAGAGAUAAAACUUGAUCCAGACAGGAAAAUGAAAUUGGCUAAAGAACUUGGAUUACAACCAAGACAAAUUGCAGUUUGGUUCCAAAAUAGGAGAGCUAGAUGGAAGGCUAAACAACUUGAAAGACUCUAUGAUUCACUUAAACAAGACUAUGAUGUUGUUUCAAGGGAAAAACAAAAGCUUCAAGAUGAGGUAUUGGCAUUAAGAGCAAUUUUGAAGGAACAAGCCACAAAGAAACAAGUAAAUUCCACAGUUUACACUGAAAUAUCAGGUGAAGAAACAGUUGAAAGCACAUCAAUGCCAAGUUCCAACAAGACAAUUACAAGAGGAAUUACUAUAAGUAACCAUCAAAAUAAUAAUAAUAUUAUUAAUAAUAAUAAUAAUAAUAAUAUUGCUGAAUGUAGCUAUGUUUUUAAUAAUGUUGUAGAUGGGCUUAAUCCAGUGAUGCCACCUUAUUGGGCCACUUUGCCAACAUAUCCAUGAAGUGAGAUUAAUUUAACUUAAUUGUGCUACUUCUAAUUAAUUUGUUAGGUUUAAUUUUCUCUUUAAUUAGCACCUAAGACAGAUUAAUUAGAAAU